AUGACGAUAGUACCAACAUAUAGAAGUCUCAUUAAGCUGAUUAAAAAGGAACAACAUGUUCUAUCCUCUUAUUUAAUAAGGAAGAGAAAUGUGUCGUAUGACACAUUGGCAGGAAUUCCAUGGAUGAGUCAUAGUAGAAUCACGAAAACAUUUGAAAGGGUUUCAAAUGAAGGCCCAUAUGAUAAAAUUACAUGGGAGAAGUUAAGCGAAAGAGCAAAUAAAAUAUGUGAUAGUUUUGAUAUAAAAGAAAUUGGAAGAAUAUUAUAUGCAUAUUCGAAAGUGAAAUAUCGAGAUGUAAAAAUAAUUUAUAAAUUUAUUGAAAGAAUAAAAAAUCAAGACAUAAAAAAUAUGGAUUUGUUAGGUUGUGCACACAUUUGUCAUUCUUUAAACACAUUAAAUUAUUUUGACAGAAAAUUAUUUGAGAUGAUAUUAUCUCAAUUUAUGAGAUUACCAAUUGGCGACAAUUCAUUUCCUCUUGUUAUAACAUUAAACGCAUUUACAAAACAUUGCAAUGAUUAUAGGUUUCGUGAAUUAACUUUGAAGUUGCUAAUUUUUGUAUUAACCAAUUUUGAUAAAUAUAAAAAGUCUUGUUCCCCCCAAGGACUCGCUAUGAUUCUUAACUCAUUUUCUCAAGUAAUCAAACCAUCACCUGCAUUUUUACAAAAUCAAAAUGAAAAAUUGGAAAAAAUAUACAUAGAUGAAUAUGUAACACAAAAUCAGAAUGAUAAUCACCCAGUUUCAUCUCUCCGUGGGAGGAAAAUUGUUAGUAUAACUCAUGAAAUGAAGCUGGAGGAGGAAGGGGUUGAAGAUGUCACAAAAGAGGAAGAACCAAUUAGACAGAGUGGAAAAACAGGUAAAAAUUGGACGCAAAAUGGGGCCCGAAGUGGGAGCAAAGUUGCAAGGACGAGUACAAGCAGCAGCAUUCCAAGUGUACUAGACGAAAAGGAACUAGAUGGAGAAAUAUUUAAUUUCGUGCAUCACGAAAGUAGGGUAGUUGAAAAUGGAUAUGGAACAGAACUCGUAGAAGAAGUUACAAACAAGUGGCAAAAGAACGAUACAUUUGUCAAACAUAGCAGCAGCAGUGCAAUGUCAGAAAUAGAUAAUAAAGGAAAAAUAGUGAAAAGGGUAGAAAGGGUGAAAUAUAAGAGUGAGGGGAAUUCAAACAAAUGUGUUGGAAAUAUGCAAGAGAGAGAAUACAAAUUGGAGGAAGGUACGUUGGACAAAUAUGAGCAAAAAGUUUUGUUAAAAAAUAUGUUCUUAAAAGUACUACUUGAAAUAACAAAAAAAAUUGAAAAAAUGAAUACCCAAUCUUUGUGUCUCAUAAUUAACGCUUGUUGUAGAAUUUGGUUUGAAAUUCCAAAGGAAUUUUUAAAAAUAACUUAUGAAGAAACGAUUAAAAAGAUUCAUCUAGCCACCAUUAGACAUUUGUCUCUAAUAAUUAAUGGAUUCAUUAAAUUGGGAGUACUUGACCCCACAUACCUUUCUGUCGUUUUUGAUGAAAUUGAAAAAAAAAUUCAUUCCUGCGAUGAGCAGCAGCUAAGCUUCAUUCUCAGCAGUAUGGUCAAGUUGGGAGAAACUAAAAAACUGGAAGGAGAUUCAAUGGGGAUAGAAGCGAGUGAUGUGUCAGGUAGUGCGUUAUCCGAUUUGUCAGAAAAAGUGACACCAACUGGGUCAUCAGUUUUGCCAUCAACUGGGUCAUCAGUUUUGCCACCAACUAGGUCAUCAGGAUUGUCACUCAGCUCACCCCACGUUAAGAAGUCUACUAAGGAGUGGAACGGUGGGAACAAAACUCAAAAGAAAAGAUUGAUGGAUAAUUUGAAUGCAAAAUUCAUUCUUCUGGCGAGAAAUAUGAAUAUAUCGAUCCUGUGCAAUAUCAUGUAUUGCUAUGCCAAACUUGAUAUUACGAAUGAAGAUAUAUUUGAAAUAUUCCAAAUAUAUUUUCUUAAACAUUUUAACCAGACUAAUUUACAUCAUCUUUCUUUAACAUCAUAUGUUUAUGCGAAAAGGAGAAUUUUAAACGACACGACAAAAAUGAUAUUGAACAAAUCAGAAAACAUUUUACGCAAAAUAAACACAACACUUGAUGUACAAACAAUGAAAUAUGUUCUCAUGCUAGUUAACAGUUUUAGUGAGAUUAAUAUAUAUUCACAUGUGUUUUCUUCGCAUCUACAUUUUAUUAUUCACCAAAGUACAUUAAAAAUUAGUGAUCAUAACGAGGGGUAUCAUCAAGAAGUAUUUACAAAACGUAGGAAUAAUAAUGCAUAUCCAAACACAAGUCUACUUAAUUGGGAUAAAAUGAAAAGUAGAGGAAUCUAUUUGUCAUAUAGGGCUUUGUCACUUUAUAGUAAUUCGAUACAAGGUGGAAAUAUGUGCAAGGAGUGA